UUCAUCGUGCGCUCCAGAAUGUCGGUAUUCACCCAGAGAGUCUUUGUUGAGAAGCAUUUACUGCGACCUUUUAAACGUUAUUACUCUUCUGUUAAAACAAAGUUCACAUCAGAAGAGUUGAGUGAAAAGAAAAGAGAAAUGAUGGCCAAAAGUCUUCCGAAACAAAAGCCAAUCCAAGGUGUAAAACAAAUUUUGAUUGUGGCAUCUGGCAAAGGGGGGGUCGGCAAAUCAACCACUUCCGUUAAUUUGGCAGUUGCUUUGAAAGUCGUCGAGCCUGAUAAGUCGGUAGGCUUGUUGGAUGCUGAUGUUUUUGGUCCGUCCAUACCGUUAAUGAUGAAUUUGGAUGAGUCUCCUUUAUUGAAUAAAGAUAAUAUGAUGAUACCUCUAGUUAAUUACGGAAUCAAAUGUAUGUCAAUGGGUUUUUUAAUCGAAAAAAAGUCUUCUCCAGUAUGGCGAGGACUCAUGGUGAUGGGUGCAUUGGAAAAAUUAUUAAGGCAAGUGGCUUGGGGACCACUAGAUUAUUUAAUAAUCGACACACCUCCUGGAACAGGUGAUACACAUUUAUCCCUAGUACAAAAUAUUCCGGUGGCUGGAACUUUGCUGGUCACAACUCCACAAAAAGCUGCAGUGGAUGUUACAAGGAGAGGAGCUUCAAUGUUCAGUAAAGUGAACAUUCCUGUUGCUGGUAUUGUCUCUAAUAUGACAUAUGUCAUAUGUCACAAUUGCAACAGUGAAAUUCCUCUUGGCAAAGAUCAGAUUGAUGGCUUAGCUAAGGAAUUAAACGUAAAUAUUUUGUGCGAAAUCCCCUUAGAUGAUAAUAUAACACAUUGUUGUGAUAGUGGACAGCCAGUGGUACUGAAAGCGCCCGAUUCAGCCCCAGCUAUGGCAUACAAAAAGUUGGCUGUAGACUUGAUUGGCUUUUUUAAGACACAUGCAGUCUCUACAAGUAUCGCUUUUAUUUCAUUAGGUAACAAUAUGGAAGGGGAUAAUUAUAAUUACACUAGCAUCCAUUCAAGUUCAACUGCAGAAGUACAUAACGUUCCCAUGAAUGUUCUUAUUAGACCAUUUCCACCCUCUAUAGAUGAAAAAAAGGUAAAAAGCCUAAUGCAAACUCUGGAAGAUCCUGAAAUGGAAUCGCUAGUACCACCAAUCGAUGUUCUCUGGAUAAAAGGACGAGAAGGAGGUGAUUAUUACUAUUCAUUUGGUGGAUGUCAUAGAUAUACCGCGUAUCAACGGCUUGGGCGACCUACGGUAAAGGCGAAAAUCAUUCAAUCCACAGUAACAGAUUUAAGAAAUUAUCUUGGCAAUUCGACUCCAGAUCUAAAGUAAAUUAUUGAUGUAUUUAUAAUAUUAUUUUAAAGUUUUUAUGCGUUUAACGGUAGAAAUUCUAUUUAUUAGAGUA